AUGGAUUCAGAUUCAAGUGACGAUGAAAUUAGAAUUGUAGAACUGAAAGUCCCAUCGGUGGCGGAGAUCCUAAAAGACCACGAACUUCCUCUGAAAAAACAGAAACUCAGCGAGUACCAUAGCACGCUCACUCAAUUGCCAUACAACGUACAACACAUCCAACAAAUCUACGCCAGUCUGGACCCGGUUUACAUCCACCAAUGCCUCCAAGAGUUCUCCACACACAACAGGCACCUGUCUGCCUUCAAACCGGUAGUACAAAGCAUCAAAGAGUCGAAAAUAAGGCACGCCAAUGCGAUGGGGCGGUUCCCCACGGACCCGCCGGUACUGCAGAACCCGGAGCGGGUGGUACUGAUGUCGGAGAGCGAACGAUUCGAACGUACGUAUCAACCGAACGUCGCUCUAGCACCUCCAACUCCCAAAAAGCAUCGAUACGGCAAAGGGAGUACCGAAUACGCCAACGUGACUGUCAAGACGGAACAACUGUCGCCUGUCAAAGUGGAACCCGAUACCCAGCCAACAGUAGAGGACAAAAAGCCAGUAGUAAUAGUACCAGUAAUACCAGUAGUUGAAUCGACUGUUUCCGUCGUACGGAAACCCAAAUACAAUCCGGAAAUAGAAUUAUCGACCGAUACCGAAGAUAGCGCCUCGGAAACGUCAGAAAAACACGAUAUUAAUAAAUUAGAAGAUUGGUUAAAAGACGUAGAUAGGAGCGUGAAAGACAAAGUGAUGGAUCUGUUGAAGAAUUUAACAAAAGAGAAUGAGCGGUUGACGAAGAACGCUCGAGUUACCGAUGAGCGAUUGAAAGAACUGGAAUAUCGGAACGUGGAGUUGCUGAAAGAGCUCAACGUACUCAAGCUCAAAAAUUCUGAAAACAAUCACGAUCGCCUCGUCGAGAACGGGAUCAGUAAAGAGUCAUCGACAUCGUUGACGUCGACGACCAACGGUUCUUCCAUAAUUACCUCCACCGAUGGUAUUAAUAGUAGUAGCGAUAAAAAAGCGAACGAAUGUCUAAAAAAGAGUGUCAUCAUCGCCUCCGUUGUCGAGCAAAAGGAGGUGAUCGUAAAGACAGCGCCCGAAUGAUCUGUAAUCGUGUCCACUUUGGAUUUUUCUAAAUAGUUUCGUUUUAACGGACCGAGCAAAAAUUUUGUCGUACUGAUAUUUAUUGUUGGUUCUUUUACAAAAAUAGAAAGAGGUUAGGGCUAUGAGAGUCUCUCCUAUUAUUAUCUAUAUUAGAUAAUACGCGAGAGUUUUCGACGCGAGAAACAGAAAAAAGGGCUGAUUUUAUGUAGCGGGGUUUCUUUAAUAGUGUCUGAGGGUUGCUUAUCGCGCGUAUCCCUUAAAUAGGGAUGAGGAUGUUGUUGGCCGUUCUCCAUCCGCUGUUGCCCUGAAAAGCUCGGUAGUGGUCAAGGAAAACCAAUUUUGUUUACUUUGAAAGUCAACAAAUAUCCUUUCAUUUAUUGAUCCUUUUGUUCCUUAAAUUCAUUAAAUUCCACAGCCUACCAGCGUGAUGGAUUCUAGUUUAUUUUGCGCCAAUUUUUGGGUAUUCUCGUAGAUUUUUUCCAAUAGUUUUCUGAUUACUACAUGUUUCAUUGAAUAUAUCUCCAUUCAUCUGAGUGUACUUACUUGUUUUAAGGUGAUUAGAGCACCCCUUAUAAUUUUCGGACAAGGAUAUAUCAAAAAGGCAAUAAUAUCUAGAAUAUGCAUAUAUUUUCAAGUUUUAAUUCCUUCCAGUGUCCAAGAAAUCAAAGGGCUUUAAAUUUUGAAAUAUAAUGAAAAUAAAUGCAUUUCUCAAUAGCAGUAUUCUUAAUAUAAUCCUCAAAUUUACGCUCUUAAUGUCUUCUUAAUGAUUUUUUAAAAUUCGCCAAAAUUAGUGGCUAAAAUGCCUCGUUAAGUGCUAUUUUCUGGUAUAAACUGGUGUAAAUCGGUGCAAGAAACGAAUGAUGGCUGAUAAUGUAUUAUACGAUACACCACGAUAC